AGCACAACAUGUUGGAGACCGUAGCCGAGCUGGACCCCUCAGAGUUAACUUUUUAAUCCCGGUUUUGUCGCGUUAUCACACACACACAAGAGGAGGAGGAGGAGGAGGAGGAGGAGGUCUGGGUAGAGAGAAAAGGAUCCAACAAGUCAGUCAUGGUCUGAGGUUCGCGUCAAAGCCGGAGCGCCUCCUUUGCAAACUAAAGCGCGUUGAUAUUAAACUGUGCGGAGAAGGAGAAGAAGGAGAGGAAGAAGAAGAGGAAGAAGAGAGGGGGAAGAAAGGGAAAGGGAAGCCCGGAGAAGAGAGAGAAAAGCCGGGGUACAAAGAUGCAGCUGUCCGCAGUGCUGUGGAGCUCCCUGGUAACUUUGCUGCUCAGCCAGAGUCCAGGAGUUCAGGGCAGCGCUGAGUGUUCGUGUGGGAAGAAUCACUUCACCUGUGCGGUCAGUGCGUUCGGGGAGUGUACCUGCAUUCCAGCACAGUGGCAGUGUGACGGGGACAACGACUGCGGGGACCACAGUGAUGAGGACGGAUGCAUGCUCCCCACCUGCUCGCCGCUGGACUUCCACUGCGACAACGGCAAAUGUAUCCGCCGCUCCUGGGUGUGUGACGGAGACAACGACUGCGAGGACGACUCGGACGAGCAGGACUGUCCUCCCAGAGAGUGCGAGGAGGACGAGUUUCACUGCCAGAACGGGUACUGUAUCCGCAGCCUGUGGCACUGUGACGGCGACAACGACUGCGGGGACAACAGUGAUGAACAAUGUGACAUGCGUAAAUGCUCAGAAAAGGAGUUCCGCUGUACGGACGGCAGCUGUAUCGCUGAGCACUGGUACUGUGACGGAGACACGGACUGUAAGGACGGAUCGGACGAGGAGAACUGCCCCUCAGAUGUGAUGGCAGCCACCUGCAGCGUGGAGGAGUUCCAGUGUGCGUACGGCCGCUGUAUCCUGGACAUCUACCACUGUGACGGAGACGAUGACUGUGGAGACUGGUCUGAUGAGUCGGACUGCUCUUCCCACCAGCCGUGCAGAUCAGUUGAAUUCAUGUGUAGCAGCGGGAUGUGCAUCAACGCCGGCUGGAGGUGUGACGGAGAGUACGACUGUGACGACCAAUCAGACGAGAAGAACUGCACCACGUCCAUGUGCACGGCCGACCAGUUCCGCUGUGGAACAGGUCGCUGUGUCCGGUUGUCAUGGCGGUGUGACGGCGAGGACGACUGCUCCGACCGCAGCGAUGAAGAGGGCUGUGAUAAAACCGAGAGUCCUCCGUGCGCUCCUGAUCAGUUCCAGUGUGGGAACGGACGCUGUAUCGGACAGAGGAAGGUGUGUAAUGAGGUCAACGACUGCGGGGAUUGGACUGAUGAGCACCCACAUCAUGACUGCCGUCCGCGUUCCAGCGAGGGCAACUGUAACCAGAAUAACGGAGGCUGCUCCCAGAAGUGUCAGAUGGUCAGAGGACUGGUCCAGUGCACCUGUCACACUGGAUACCGGCUGAUGGACGACGGCAAAGCCUGCCAGGAUGUGGACGAGUGUGCCGAAGAAGGCUACUGCAGCCAGGGCUGUACCAACGCGGAGGGGGGGUUCCAGUGCUGGUGUGUUCAGGGAUACGAGCUUCGACCGGACAAGCGCAGCUGCAAAGCUCUGGGUCCCGAGCCGGUGCUGCUGUUCGCCAACCGCAUCGACAUCCGUCAGGUCCUGCCCCACCGCUCCGAGUACACCCUGCUCCUGAACAAUCUGGAGAACGCCAUCGCCCUUGACUUCCACCACAGCCACGAGCUGGUCUUCUGGUCAGACGUGACUCUGGACCGCAUCAUGAAGGCCAACCUCAACGGCUCCAACGUGGAGGAGGUCGUCAGCACCGGUCUGGAGAGUCCAGGUGGACUAGCUAUAGACUGGAUCCAUGACAAGCUGUACUGGACGGACUCAGGGACAUCCCGUAUCGAGGUAGCCAACCUGGACGGGUCGCAACGAAAAGUGCUGCUGUGGCAGAACAUGGAGAAGCCCAGAGCCAUCGCGUUACACCCGAUAGAGGGGAAGAUCUACUGGACCGACUGGGGCAACACUCCUCGCAUUGAGUAUUCAAACAUGGACGGGUCCAAUCGGCGGGUCAUCGCAGACACGCACCUGUUCUGGCCUAACGGACUCACCAUCGACUACGCAGGCCGCCGUAUUUACUGGGUGGACGCCAAACACCACGUCAUCGAGAGGUCCGACCUGGAUGGACGAAACCGCAAGGCAGUCAUCAGCCAUGGCCUGCCCCACCCGUUCGCCAUCACCGUGUUCGAGGACAGCCUCUACUGGACCGACUGGCACACCAAGAGCAUCAACAGCGCCAACAAAUUCACCGGCAAGAACCAGGAGAUCAUACGCAACAAGCUGCACUUCCCCAUGGACAUCCACACCCUGCAUCCUCAGAGGCAGCCUGCAGGGGGCAGAAACCGCUGUGGCCCCAACAAUGGAGGCUGCAGCCACCUGUGUCUCCCCAGCAACAAGACGUUCACCUGCGCCUGCCCCACCGGCUUCAAGAAGGUCGACAACUUCAAGUGUGCCGACGGUCUUGACAAGUUCCUGCUUUUUGCCCGAAGGACGGACAUCCGACGAGUCAGCUUCGACACAGAGGACAUGUCCGAUGAUGUCAUCCCUCUUGCUGACGUGCGCAACGCCGUGGCUCUGGACUGGGACUCCAAAGACGGCUACAUCUACUGGACGGACGUUACCACUGACUCCAUCAACAGAGCUAUGUGGAACGGCAGCAAGCAAGAGGUGGUGGUGGACACCAGUCUUGAGAGUCCAGCAGGUUUGGCGAUUGACUGGAUAACCAGCAAGCUGUACUGGACCGAUGCUGGUACAGAUCGUAUCGAAGUCUCUAACGCUGAUGGGAGCAUGCGGACUGUGCUGAUCUGGGAGAACCUGGACAGACCCAGGGACAUUGUUGUUGACCCGAUAGGAGGCUUCAUGUACUGGACCGAUUGGGGGGCCAACCCAAAGAUCGAGCGUGCAGGAAUGGACGCCUCCAGUCGUAUCGUCAUCAUCUCGUCUAAUCUGACGUGGCCAAACGGGCUCGCUAUUGACUACGAGACCAAACGCCUGUACUGGGCUGACGCUGGCAUGAAGACCAUUGAAUUUGGAAACUUUGACGGUUCUAACAGACAGGUUCUGAUUGGCACUCAGCUCCCUCACCCCUUCGGCCUGACCGUUCACGGGGACAAACUCUACUGGACGGACUGGCAGUCAAAGAGCAUUCAGAGUGCUGACAAGCUCACCGGAUUAGGCCGACAUACUCUUGCUGAAAACCUGGAGAACCUCAUGGACAUCCACAUGUUCCACAGACAGCGUGAGACAGUGCAUAACCCGUGUGCUGUGAAUAAUGGAGGCUGCAGCCACCUCUGCCUGCUGGCUCCUGCUCCCAAAGCCUCCAGCUGUGCCUGUCCCACCGGGAUCAACCUGCAGACGGAUGGGAAGACCUGCACACCUGGUAUGAGCAGCUUUUUGAUCUUUGCACGGAGGACGGACAUCAGGAUGAUUUCUUUGGACAUCCCCUACUUUGCUGAUGUGGUUCUUGGCGUCAACAGCUCCAUGAAGAACACCAUCGCCAUCGGGGUGGACCCUAAAGAAGGAAAAGUGUAUUGGUCUGACAGCACUCUGAAGAAAAUCAGCAGAGCCAACAUCAACGGGAAAUCGCAGGAGGAGAUCAUAUCUACAGGCUUGAUGACGACUGACGGCCUGGCCGUGGAUUCUGUGGGCAGGAAGAUCUACUGGACGGACACAGGAACGAACCGCAUCGAGGUCGCCAACCUGGACGGCUCCAUGAGGAAAGUUCUUGUGUGGCAGAACCUGGACAGCCCUCGAGCCAUCGCCCUGUACCACGAGAUGGGUUAUCUGUACUGGUCCGACUGGGGAGAGCAUGCAAAGCUGGAGCGCUCGUCAAUGGAUGGAACGGAUCGGGCGGUCCUCAUCAGUAACAACCUGGGCUGGCCCAACGGCCUGGCCAUCGACAUGGCCGGCUCACAGCUACUGUGGGCCGAUGCUCACACUGAGCGGAUCGAGUUAGCCGACCUAAACGGCCAGAAUCGCCGCACACUUGUGACUCCAGUCCAGCACCCGUACGGCUUAACCCUGCUGGGGCCCCACAUCUACUGGACCGACUGGCAGAGCCGCAGCAUCCAGCGAGCUGACAAGAACACCGGGACCAACAUCAUCACCGUGAGAGCCAACCUGCCGGGCCUGAUGGACAUCCAGGCUGUGGACAGAGAGAGGCCGCUCGGUUUCAACAAGUGUGGCAAGGGAAACGGGGGCUGCUCUCAUCUGUGCCUGCCUCGUCCCAACGGCACGUCGUGCGCGUGUCCCACCGGCAUCCUGCUCAAGGGAGACGGGAAGUCAUGUGACGACUCCCCGGAGACGUUCCUGCUUUUCUCCAACCGGGUCAGUGUGCGCAGAAUCUCCCUGGACACCAACGACCACACGGAUGUGCAUGUGCCCGUACCUGAGCUGCACAAUGUGAUCUCGCUGGAUUACGACAGCGUGGACGGAAAGCUCUACUACACUGACGUCACCCUGGAUGUUAUACGACGAUCAAAUCUGGACGGCACCGGCAUGGAGACGGUGAUCAGCCAGGGCCUGAAGACCACAGAUGGGCUGGCUGUAGACUGGGUGGCCAGAAACAUGUACUGGACCGACACUGGACGCAACACCAUCGAGGUGGCCCGCCUUGAUGGAACCGGCCGCAAAGUCCUGGUCAACAACAGUUUGGAUGAACCCAGAGCCAUCGCGGUGUUCCCCAGCAAAGGGUUCCUGUUCUGGACUGACUGGGGCCACAUUGCUAAGAUCGAGCGCUCUCACCUGGACGGGUCGGACAGAAAGGUCCUGAUCAACACCGACCUGGGUUGGCCGAACGGUCUCACCUUGGACUACGACACAAGAAGGAUCUUCUGGGUGGACGCCCACCUGGACAGGAUUGAGAGUUCAGACCUGAACGGGAAACUGCGCCAGAUCCUUGUGAACCCAGUGUCCCAUCCGUUCGCUCUGACACAGUUGAAGCCGGUGUCCUCCCCUCUAACCCCUUUCUCCCGACUCUCGCAGCAAGACCGCUGGAUCUACUGGACGGACUGGCAAACUAAGUCCAUCCAGCGGGUGGACAAGCACACCGGCCGGAACAAGGAGACCGUGCUGGCCAACGUGGAGGGCCUCAUGGACAUUAUAGUGGUGUCACCGAACAGACAGACGGGUACCAACCUCUGUGGGGUGAACAAUGGUGGCUGCACUCACCUCUGCUUCGCCAAGACCAACAGCUUUGUGUGCGCCUGUCCUGAUGAACCAGACGGGCGACCCUGCUCCACCAUUUCAGGUUACAUCCCCACCUCACCCACCGGAGGAGUUAGCAGCACUUCUGCCCCCGACAAGAUCCCCAGAGGUCCAACAGACACCCCACACAGAGGACCCUCACUGGUCAACUGCACAGACAGGAAUCAAAACGAUGGAGGCUGCUUGAACACUGUGGUGACCGCUCCACAUGGAGAAGGACUUCAUAUCAGCUACGUGAUUGGUGGAGUGCUGACCAUCUUGGCUAUCCUGAUACUUAUAGCUGCUUUGAUCAUUUACAGACAUAAGAAGUCAAAGUUUGCUGACCCUGGAGUGAGCAACCUGACCUACAGUAACCCCUCGUACCGGACGUCCACACAAGAGGUCAAGAUCGAGGCGUCGCAGAAACCUCCCAUAUACAACCAACUCCGAUAUAAGAAAGAGGGGGGAGUGGACGGAGGCUACACCAAGGAGAAGAUCCGCAUUGUUGAGGGCGUGUGUCUCCUGUCCAACGAGGAGCUUUACUGGGACGACCUAAAACAGAUCAAGCCGUCCAGAGGCGGCCUGCACACUUGCAUGCGCACAGACACUGUGUCCCUGCAGGCCAGCAGCGCUUCCCUAGAUGACGGCGAGACGGAGCAGCUCCUCCAGGAGGAGGCGUCUGAAUGCUCCUCCAUAACCACCCUCACCCCUUCAGCCAUCACCCCACAGCGUCACGCCCAACACAGCCUACCUGACACCGGCUGGGCCUCCUCACGUAAGCCCUCAACGGAGAGCGAAGUGUGAGGGAGGCCCCGCCCUGUCCUUCAUGCUUUAUCCUCAGCCUCCAUAACCUAAUACCUACACACACACACACACACACACACUUGUAUUUAUAGCUGGUACAAACACAGAAACAGAAAUACUGUAGGUACAGACACAGACACUGUUGCAUACGUAGAGUAACAGCACUCAUGGACCUGGUUACAUACAAAUAAGCUCUCUUUAACACACCUCCUGUCUCUGAAACUGGGGCUCCGUCCUACUUGUGCACACACACAAACACACACACAUGUAGUACAGUCCUCAAACAGCACCCUCGAUGCUACUGCCUUCAGGCAACAUGAUGAACUAAUGAGCAUGCUGGAAUAAGAAAGCAGAGGACUCUGGGGAGGAAGUGAACAGAGAGACGCCUUUUUCAAGGAUGCAGACUCGCAAUGCGACAAACGCUUCUCUGUGACCGACUUCACCUUUUCUUUUUUGUGGAUUUUUUUUUCCUGGACAAAGUGGAAAACACACCUUCCCCCCCUGUAACCUGGACGCUCUCUCUUACGCCACUCAUGACUUUAUAAACUCUAUUUAUGAACGUUUUUUGUACUUGCCGAGUGGGUUUGCAGGCGAGAGUGUUGCGUUAGAGCUGUGUCGCAGCAGGACAAAGUUGUAUUUAUGACAGUGCCAAAGGGUGGGGCUUCACAGAGUCUCCAUGCUUCUUUCUGACACAUCAAAAGAAAUCUCUCUCUAAAUUUACAGGAUGUUUGUUUGCAUUUGACUUCACUGACUCGCCCUCACCAGUUGGGAAACCUCAUGAUUCCUUUCUCUCACAGCCUGUAACAGGUCAACGACUUACCGUAGCUGCUACCGUCAAGUCCACUCGGUUUCUUCUGAACUAACCUGAAAGGAGCCUUUUUGUUGUUUUCUAUUUUAAAUCGUAUUUCAAACAUUGUUGAUUUUCUGGCAAAGCAGAAGAAGCUACAAUGAAGUAACAGCCUAAGUGCCAAACAUUUCGUUUUCUUUUUCUUCCCUCAGCUGAAUAUUUAUUUUUCUCAGAGGUUUUAAAUGUUUGUGGCAUUUUGUUUUAACUUGGGUUUGCUCACUCAAAUUACAAACAUACAUAUUCUCUAUCAGAUAUUUAACACGGAGGUGGUUUAGCCAUGCAGAUAGUUUUGGUUUAUUUAACCAGGUGAGAGAUGUGUCUUUGUGGAGUGUCUCUUUAAAGGGUCUUUCAAAGGAUUGUGAAACAUGAUGCACGGACAAAAAGGGUCACCUGCGACAGCACUUAAUACCAGAUUUCAAAGCUCUGCAAAUUUAACAAACUUCAAGAAUAAUGCAAGCUAAUUUAAUCUGUCACUCUGUUAGCUAUAACCUCUGCUGUCUAAGAAUUAUGAAAGGUAUUCGACCCUCCUUGUCUUCUCUUUCCCUGUUCCACAGUUUACUCAACUUUGAGAUUCUUAAAUGCUUAAAAAAAUGAUAAUUAGAUUAACAGCAACAUUAUAAAGAUGUUUGAAAAUCCUCCCCUGUUUUAUUUAACAAAUUGACUGAACUAAAACUUAACUAAAGUACUUUUUAAAUUGAAUUAAUCUCUCGUUUUAACUCUGACACUCAAAGAACCAAAAGUAUCUGCUCGGCUAAAUGCCCCCUCAAAAGGCAAAUGACAUCAUUUGUCCUCAGAGUUUUGACUCUUCAUCUCCAAAUCUGUAAAGCAAACAUGUACCUGCAGUUUCUGCUGCCACACCACCAUAUAAACAAUGGGUACCUUAGGAACACUGUGCAUGUCUGACCCCAGCAGACAGUGAGGGUUAUAGUGUAGAGAUAUAUCACUGACAACUUACUGAAAUGACUCUAAUACAUGUAAAGAUACUAUGUAUUGCUUUAACGUUUAGAGUACCGUUCUGUUUGUUGUUGAAACAUGGUACAUGGAAUUUACUAUAUUACUAUAUUGACAAAUAUAUCGGUUAGACUUAACAGAAUUUUGAAGUAUCUGCUACAAGCUCAGCAGUUUGCUGAUAUGCUGCUAGACGAAGCACUGAGGCCAAUGAACGAGGGUCUUGGCAGCUACAUAACUACAGUCUGUUAGGAUUGGUCGACAGCAGGAUUACUGAGCAUCACAGCGACCCAGUAAGCAGUCGUCGUCGUCGUCCCCACCCCCCCCUGGCUCACAGUCCCUCCAUCUCUGCUGCAGGAAUGCUCAAACUGUACAGAUUUUAUCAUGCGGAUAAAAGCAUUUAAACAUUUCUAUUGAAGAUAUUUCAUUGAUUAAGUUGUAUAGUCUUUUGUACAAAGGGAUUUCAUGACUGUUUUUAGAUUUGUGUUAAUUUUACUCACUGGAGAAGAUUUUUUUUUUUUUUUUUUUUUUGGUGGUUUAUUUUAACCACUGUGUUUCCAAGCCUUGUAAAUGAUAGGGAAGAUGCCAGUUAUUUAAUAGUGCUCUUUUUAUCUUCUGAAAUACUGGUCGCGUAUAGCUGUUGUAAAGUUAACAAAAAGAGGUAUUUAUGAUUUCUGUUUGGUUGUCACUUGAUGUGUAAAUAUGAAAAGACUGUAUAUGUAUUUCCAUGGCAGUACUAACAAGCUGUGUUGUGUGAUAUAGUGAAAUAUCCCUUUGCUAUCUUUUAAUAUAAAACUGCAUUUGCAUUUCAAUGAAA